UAAUGCACGUUCUGCUGGCUAAGACUUUCGGAUGCCAAUCAGAGUUGUUUAACAUGGUCGUCCAUUGGACGUGCCGCGCUUACGCGUUGGGGAGAACCCGUAAUUCUCCCCCUCCCCCCAGGCCCCAAUCCCAGUUCAUGCUGCAUCCUUUCUUCCAGUUUCCAUCUUCAAGCACAUUCUGCAGUAAUCUCCAAUUGAUCAUAUCCAUCCACCGUUUUGACUCCUCAAAAUUCAUCCAAGUUGUUCCGUCGAUCCCUCUUUAUCAUCCUGCACCAUUUUCUUCUCUUUUGGAUUUCCCGGAUUUCAACAAUCCAUCGUCAUAGCAUAGGCUGCAUAGCGCAGCAGACAUCUCUCUCGUCUAGGGUUUUGUUUCUGUCAAGAGCUCCUCCCUUCAAGCAACAUGGGUUACGAAAACGAUCCGUACCGUGACGAAGAUGGUGAGCCUUUGAUGGACCCAGACAUGCCAUCCGAUCGGGAGCCGUCGCUUGAACCAGAAGAUCUCGACGAAGACUGGCGGCGAGAGCGAUCGCCGACCCCGGUUCAUGAAUCCGAUUCUGCAUUGAAAGCUAAGCCAAGGAAGAGGCUCAUUAAGAAAAGUACUGCGAAGGAAAGUACCCCGGAUUUUGGUGUCGAGGAUGAUGUACAAGAUUUUGUGAGAGAGGAUUCUGACAAUGAGCCAUCGUCCUCGGCGCGUAAGAGGAAAGUCUCCAAGGAUGCUGGAAACGGAAAGAAGGAUAAGAAGCCGAAGUCCGACCGGAAGCUUGGGAAGGUCUUCAAAUCUGGCUCAAAGAGUGGGAGUUCUGGAAGGUCCAGGGAUCAUCAGAGUGGAGACCCGGAGAUGAAAGAGAUGUGGGAUACGAUUGCUGGGGCGGAUUCGGAGGAUGACCACGAAGGUGUCAGAACUGUGGAUGAUGAUAACUUCAUAGAUGAUAGCGGUGUGGAUCCUGCCGACCGAUAUGGCAGUGACAAUGAACCAGGCUUCCUCGGCGAUGCUCCUCAGGCGGAAGAGGGUGAAGAGGAUGAUGAAAUCAAAGAACUCUUCAAGAUGGGUAAGAAGAAAAAGAAGAAUGAGAAAAGUGCUGCCGAAAUAGCCUUGCUAGUUGAACAUCUCAUGGCCGAACUUGAGGUCACUGCCGAAGAAGAUGCAGAGCUGAAUAGACAGUCUAAACCUGCCAUUAAUAAACUCAAGAAGUUGCCUCUUCUGACUGAGGUCCUCUCAAAGAGGCAGCUUCAACAAGAGUUCUUGGAUCAUGGAGUACUAACUCUUCUAAAGAACUGGCUCGAGCCCCUGCCAGAUGGAAGCUUGCCCAACAUAAAUAUCCGAACUGCAAUAUUGAAGAUACUGACUGAUUUUCCAAUUGAUUUAGAACAAUAUGACAGGAGGGAGCAGCUUAAGAAGAGUGGCCUUGGAAAGGUCAUCAUGUUUUUGUCAAGAUCUGAUGAGGAGACCACUUCCAACAGGAAACUUGCGAAGGAUUUAGUUGACAAAUGGAGUCGACCUAUAUUUAAUAAGAGCACACGUUUUGAGGACAUGAAAAGCUAUGAUGAUGAGAGAGUUCCCUUUCGGAGGCCGGCAGCUAAAAAGCUAGUAACCAAAGCUGCAGGAUUAGAAUCAAGAGAUGACGAUCUUGAUUUGGCUGAAUUUUCACAAGAACCAAAGUCUGGCCAAUCAUCCAAUAGGCAACAUGCUUCCAGGCCUGAAGCCCUACCAAUGGAUUUUGUGAUACGUCCACAAUCCAAGAUAGAUCCGGAUGAAGUCAGAGCCAGGGCUAAACAAGUCGUACAUGAUCAACGCCGUGUGAAGAUGAAUAAGAAGUUGCAACAGUUGAAAGCACCAAAGAAGAAACAGCUUCAAGCAACAAAGCUCAGCGUUGAGGGUCGUGGCAUGGUCAAGUUCUUUUAGCUGUCACCACUCACCUUCCUACACUAAACAUGAAAGAGUGCAUUACAUAAAUGUGACGCCAAGCUACCAUUGUGGUGAUGAGCGGAAAAUCUGUUGAUGGUUUUGAUGAUUUAUUUUUCAUCUACUGAUACCUUCUUUUAUGGACAAUUGUGAAUGGCAACGAUAUUCUGUAUGGGUCUGUAGCCGAAUAGAAGGACGGAUGAUUUGGGAUAAGCAAGACCCCCUUCCGCUCAUCUCCUCACUCCUGAGUCCUGAGGAGUAAAUUAAGCUGAUCCUGGACAAGGCAGUCUCUUUUGCUAACUAAGGUUGAUCGUUCAUUUUCAAAUUCAUGUAAUAAAUCUAUGUUUUGGAACCAAAAGAUAUCAUUAAUACAUGCAAGGCAUUUCUUAUAUUUGAUUAGCCCCAAAAUUGGCGGGGAUGAUGGAAUGGGUUAUAUUGUCAUUGUGAAAUAGUAGGAUUCAUGUACACGAGGACAAGGCUUUGAUAAUGAUGAUAAGAAUCGGUUA